UAAAAAUAUACUAAUUCAAGAAUUUUAAAAUACAGUGGAACAGCAUAACAACUGUCUAUGUGCUUCCCAUGAUAUGGUCUCUAUAUUCUACCAAGCAUUUUACCUUGCACAUAGUUGGGGAUUCAUCAGUCAUUCAGGUAACAUAUACAGCAUUUAUUAAGCACCUGCUAUUUUCGGGUGAUGAAGAUACAACAGUGAAGAAACAAAGACUCUCACGAAGCUUCCAUGCUGGUAUCUCCAGGAUGAUUGCAUUCUCUGGCUGCAACCCAAGGAAUCAGUAAUACAAAGUAUAGUUAUCAAAUGCCCAGACUCUGGAGCCAGAUGGCCUGCGUUUGGAUGUGCUCUGCCGUUUACUAACUGUGUGAACCUGGGCAAGUUUCUUAACCAUUCUGGGCCCCAGACUCUUCAUCAAUAAAACUGGAAUACAAUAAGAAAAAAAUAUGACAUCAACAUCCAAAGGAAUUCUCCGCCCAUUUUUAAUUGUCUGCUUUAUUCUGGGCUUCUUUAUGGCAUGUCUUCUCAUUUACAUCAAGCCCACCAACAGCUGGGUCUUCAGCCCAAUGGAGUCAACCAGCUCAGUGCUGAAAAUGAAAAAUUUCUUCACCACCAAAACUGAUCCUGUGAAUGAAACUACUAUUCUGAUUUGGGUGUGGCCGUUUGGGCAGACCUUUGACCUUACCUCCUGCCAAGCAAUGUUCAACAUCCAAGGAUGCCAUCUCACAACAGACCGUUCUCUCUACAACAAAUCUCACGCGGUUCUGAUCCAUCACCGAGACAUCAGCUGGGAUCUGACGAAUUUACCUCAGCAGGCCAGGCCACCCUUCCAGAAAUGGAUUUGGAUGAAUUUGGAAUCACCAACUCACACGCCCCAGAAGAAUGGCAUCGAGCACCUAUUCAAUCUCACUCUGACUUACCGCCGCGACUCAGACAUCCAAGUGCCUUAUGGCGUAUUGACGGUGAGCACAAACCCCUUCGUGUUUGAAGUGCCAAGCAAAGAGAAGUUAGUGUGCUGGGUUGUAAGUAACUGGAACCCUGAGCACGCCAGGGUCAAGUAUUACAACGAGCUAAGCAAAAGCAUUGAAAUCCAUACCUAUGGGCAAGCAUUUGGAGAGUAUGUGAAUAAUAAAAAUUUGAUUCCUACCAUAUCUACUUGUAAAUUUUACCUUUCCUUCGAAAACUCAAUCCACAAAGAUUACAUCACAGAAAAGCUCUACAAUGCUCUUCUGGCUGGCUCCGUACCUAUUGUCCUGGGGCCAUCUAGGGAAAACUAUGAAAAUUACAUUCCAGCAGACUCAUUCAUUCAUGUGGAAGAUUACAACUCUCCAAGUGAUCUAGCAAAGUAUCUGAAGGAAGUUGACAAAAACAAUAAGUUGUACCUUAGUUACUUUAACUGGAGGAAAGAUUUCACAGUAAAUCUUCCACGGUUUUGGGAAUCACACGCAUGCUUGGCUUGUGAUCAUGUGAAAAGGCAUCAAGAAUAUAAGUCUGUUGGUAAUUUAGAGAAAUGGUUUUGGCAUUAGAGUUUUCCAACAUUUGCACACUUGGCAAAGUCUUUCGAUGAAAUAUCAUACAAGUUUAGAGAAUGAAAAGAGAGAUGAGACAUUCUCCUUUUCUGUCACAAUUUAUUUUGAUCACUCUCGGGUAUAGUAUAUUUUGAUGAAGAUUUUUAAGAGUUCAGCAUUAGCAAUCACUCCAUUUGGAUUUAAAUUAUCCUGUAUAUACCUAA